AUGGCGAGCCAUACGGUUACGAACGCAGCCACUCCUUUUCAAAAGGGCGGGAAGCUGUCAGAGAAUGGGAGAGGUGUUCUGGAAUGGCCUCGCGUGAGCCCUCCGCUACUCGCGCUGCUCAACGCGCUGCUGCUGGCGCUCGUGGUGGUCGAGGUGUGGCCGCAAUUCGCGGGCGACGGGCCCACGUGGGGAACACGCGGCACGUGGGGUGUGCAGCAGCCAAUAGAAGCGCUGCUGGGCUCGCCCGGUGUAGCAAGAGGACGUAACGACGCCAACAGCGCCACACGAGCACCGUCACACGCUGCAGACCGUCCAUCCAAUGCCGCCCAUGCUCCAUCCUAUGCCGCCCUGGAGCAGGACAUUUGCUGGUCAUCAGAACCCGUUGUUACCAGCAGCAUACGACCACAAGCAGCAACAGGAGAAGCAGCAGCAGCAGCAACAACAGGUGGGGUGGUGGUGGACGGGAGGGGUUGCAGCCGCUGCGUGCGGGGCGAGCAGUGCAGCUUCCACGUGUGGGUGCGCCCGCCUGCUCGCUGGGUGCUGCCCCCUGUGGCUCCUGCGAGCAGUGAACAGGAGAACGGCGCAGAAGGGGGGAAUAAAGGAGAGGGGGAGAGCAGCAGCGGCAGCAGCAUGGAGCCCAGCUGGUGGAAGAAGGAUGUGACGCUGUCUCUGCUGGGGCCUGCCCUGGGCCACGGGGAGGUGCAGUGCCUCGACCCCCCUGCCUGUUCGCACCUCCGCAUCUCCUACCGCCUGUGGGAUGCGGGGACAUACAGUGCAACACUCCACGUGGGUUGCGCCAAUCUCAACUUCUCACCGGCCUUUGCCGCCCAUUUCAACUCCACCUACCGCCAUGACCUUGCCACGUGGAGCCUCUCCAUUGGCUGGCCAGAAUCAGUUUCCCAGAAGGUUCCUGGCUCUGCAGGUGCUCCUGCAAAAGCUGUUGAUGCUGCUGCAGGUGAUUCUGACGAAUCUGCUGUUAGUGGCGCUGAUGAUGCUGGUGAUAGUGGUGAUGCUGCUUAUUCCAGACCUGCAGAUGCUUCUGAUUCGGGGGCUGCAGCUGCUGCUGAUGUUGAUGAUGGUGGUGACAGUGCUGCCAGGUCAUCAUCAGAAGAUAGGGUCCUUCUGGAUGACGUGGCAGCUGGUGAUGAGGCACUUGGAGAAGGCGAUACAACCUCCAAAGAUACCGCCUACCCAAAUGCCACCCCCCCAGAUGCUGCCUCUCCCAGCAAGCUACCCUCUCCCUGUGCACUCUCCUCCAUCCCCGGUCGGUGGACCAAGGCACGCAGUGGCAAGUACAUCUGGGCCUUCUUCCCAUGCGCACCAGCAGCGUCACCUCCCAGCCGUUGGAUCGAGCAGCUGGCAAGCAGGGGAAUCCGCGAGAUCAACAUAGUGGGCGAUUCCCACCAGCGGGUGCUGGCGCUGCACCUGCACUGGCUGCUGUCGGGGGAGGCGGACAAGCGGAUUCGAAAGGGGCAUUUAGACUUCAGCAAGGAGUCGCGGAAUGAGAGGAAUGAGACGAUGAGGAUCAACUUCUACUGGGUGGAUGGGAUAUACCGGAAUGAUGAGUUUGGAUGCAG